GUGGCGCAUGCGCAAAAGGGAUUGAGCAGCUCGAAGUCUAUGGAGGACUGAACGGUUCCUGUAGAAGUUUGACAUUUACGAUCAAACAGCUAUACAAAUGUCAUAGAUUUGUCUUUUCUAAAGCCCACGAAACGGAAGCAGAGUAUGGAGCGAUGGAGUGUUAUCUGAAGUGAAGAUUGAAGACGUGAUAGAAGAUGGACGACUACUGCUAUGCUAAGAUGGCGACGUCCGCUAAAAGAGAACAUGAAAGAGAAUCAGCGCCACCAACUUCCAGCAAAUCACCAACGGAGAUAAAGACGAAAGAUGAAGACGUCCAGCAGUUGAUUGGUCAUCCGCAGAGUGGGAGCUCUACUUUGAAACAGGACGCUUCACAGCCCCCCCACAUUAAAAAGGAAGAGGAGGAAGUCUGGAUCACUCAGGAGGGAGAGUGUCUUCUAGGACCACAGGAGGCUGAUCUCCCCAAGUUGCCACUGACUGUUGUCUCUGUGAAGACUGAAGAUGAUGAAGAGAAACCACAAGUAGACAACCUCUUAGCUCCACUAUCAGAUAGUGAGGCUGAAGACGAGGUUGAAGUAACUUUGAGCAGCGAUACAGACUGUGAACGUGAUAUGAGGACUCACACUGACAACAAACACUUUGAAUGUGUGAAGGAAAAGAGAGGUAAAACAUGUUUGAGGUGCUCGGUUUGUGCUAAAAGCUUCACUAAAAAGUACAAUUUGAGUCUACACAUGAGAACGCACACGGGAGAAAAACCGUUUAAAUGUUCAGUUUGUGGCCAAAAAUUUACCAAGAAGUGCAAUUUGACUGAGCACAUGAGAACGCACACAGGGGAAAAACCAUUUUAUUGUUCAAUUUGUGCUAAAAGCUUUACUAAAAAAUGCCAUUUGACGGAGCACAUGAAAACACAUACAGGAGAGAAAUCUUUUACUUGUUCAGUGUGUGGGGUAAGCUUUAUGCGAAAGGACAGUUUGGCUGAACACAUGAAGAUUCACACGGGAGAAAAACCAUUUAAUUGUCCAGUUUGUGGUAAAAGUGUCACUCGAAAGGCCAGCUUGACUCAACACAUGAGAUUUCACACAGGAGAAAAAGCAUUUAACUGCCCGGUUUGUGGUAAAAGCUUGAGUCAGAAGGGCAGUUUGACACAACACAUGAAAAGGCACACAGGAGAAAAGCCAUUUAAUUGCUCUGUUUGUGGUAAAAGCUUUAUUCGAAAGUACUGUUUGACUCAACACAUGAAUACACAUACAGGAGACAAGCCAUUUAAUUGCUUGGUUUGUACUAAAAGCUUUUUUUCCAGAACAGGUUUCACUCGACACACAAUGAAGCACACUGACAAAAAUCAAUAUAAUAAGUAAGUAGAACAUAUUUUGCAAAUGCAUUCACAGUAAAACACAUAAAACACACACAGGAGAAAAACAUACAGUUGUUCAGUUUGUAGCUGAAACUAUACUUCAAGGAGCAUUUGGUCAAAACACAAGACUACAAACAGGAGACAAAACAUUUAGCCGCUCUGUUUGCAAUAAAUGUUUCUCUCUGAAAUUGCUGUGUUGCAACCACGUGACCCAGGAAAACAUUAAAUAUGGCUGCUUUUUUUUAAUUUACGUUUAGUAGCCCAAAUGUGAGUGUGUUUUAAGGGUUUUGUUACAAAUAUUCAAGGAUAAAUAUUUUUUCACAAUAUUUAAAAGGGGACUUACCAGGGUGUCCAAAGUAAAGCCCGGGACUCGUUUGUAGCCCGUAGCUAUAAAUAAAAUAAAAGCGCAAACAAGUGCAAU